AAAACGGUGUUGAUGUGCUCGACAUGGUGUCAGAGGGUUGUCGUCUCCCCGUCUUGAUGACCAACUCAGACGAGCAGUCAAGCUCACAAAGUUUCAAAGCUAUUGCUGAAGUUCUUAGUCGAAAAGAUGGACAUGGUUCGCCACGAUUUUAUGUUCACUACAUAGACUUUAAUAAAAGACUUGAUGAGUGGGUAACGCCAGAUAGAUUAGAUUUAGAAAAACUACAAUUUCCCAAAAAAGAUAAUAAAACCCCAGUCAAAGAAGGCAAAUCUAUAAGUUCAAGAGCUUCAACGCCAGAAAAAGAGAUUCCAUUUCAGAAUGGGGGCAUGGGUGGUGGCAUGGGUGGUAUGAGCAGUAUGGGUGGAAUGGGCAGUAUGGGCGGUAUGGGCAUGAUGAAGACCAAAUCAAAUGCAGGAAGAAAACGUAAAGUACCAAUAGAUAGUGAGGAUUCUCAAGAUAGUCUACCACCACAGUCACUUGUUGCUGCUAAUAAUGUACCUCCCAAAGGACCCAGGCAAACUGGAAGUCUAGUUGAUAAAACCCAUGAUGAUGUUGUGACACGAAUGAAAAAUAUUGAAAUGAUUGAAUUAGGACGACAUCGUAUAAGACCGUGGUAUUUUUCACCAUACCCUGUGGAAUUAACGAAAUGCAGUGUGAUCUAUUUAUGUGAAUUUUGUCUGAAGUAUAUGAAGAGUGUUAAAUGCUUAGAAAGACACAGGGCCAAGUGUAUUUUUAGACAUCCACCUGGUAAUGAAAUCUACAGAAAGGCUACCAUAUCCUUUUUUGAGAUAGAUGGAAGGAAAAACAAGGUUUAUUCGCAAAAUUUGUGUUUGUUGGCCAAGCUAUUUUUAGACCACAAGACCCUAUACUAUGAUACAGAUCCAUUUCUCUUCUAUGUUAUGACUGAAUUUGAUUCAAGAGGCUAUCAUAUUGUUGGAUAUUUCUCUAAGGAGAAAGAAUCUACUGAAGAUUACAAUGUUGCUUGUAUUCUAACAUUACCACCAUAUCAAAGAAAAGGAUAUGGAAAAUUACUUAUUGAAUUUAGUUAUUUAUUGUCAAAGUUUGAAGGUAAAACAGGCUCUCCAGAGAAACCACUGUCUGAUUUAGGGUUGCUGUCAUAUAGAAGUUAUUGGUCGCAGGCAAUUCUUGAGAUCUUAGUAGACCUGAAGGAUGAAAAUGGAGAGAGACCACAGAUGACUAUUAAUGAGAUAUGUGAGAUGACUAGUGUUCGAAAAGAAGACGUGAUAUCAACGUUACAACAUUUAAAUCUUAUAAACUACUAUAAAGGACAAUAUAUAGUAACACUAUGCAAGGAAAUUGUGGAUAGUCACGAACGUGUCAUGUCAAAGAGAAAAAUUCGAAUUGAUCCGAAAAGUUUACACUGGCAGCCAAAGGAUUGGUCAAAGAGAGGAAAAUGGUAGUGGUUGUUACUGCACUGUGAAUACACUAAUACAGACACUGCCUUGUUUUGUGAGAAUACAACGAAAUAUAUAAUGUUUGGAUGAUGCUGUAUUUGACCUAAUUUUCACUGUGAUUAAUGUUUUUACAAUUUUUCCAAGAAUCUAGCUUCAAUGCUAGCAUAAUGUCUAAAGUUCUGUGAUGAAUACUACCCGGUACAUAUAAUUGAUUGUUUCAGUGUUUGUUCAUCCUUCAUAUAUUAUCAUUUUAAUUAUUUCAUGCAACAAACUGAUACAAAGUAAACUUAUCAAUAUGAGCUUGUACUAUUACUGGCUAUAAAUGUUAUGUAAUAAAUGUCAUGACUUCACU